AUGGGUGGCGGCAACCCGCCCCAGCACCCUGGACUCGCACGGGCGUCAUCACCGCGUGCCCAUCGACCUGCGCAACGUGCGUUGGCAGCGGUUUGCUAUGCCAGCUACGUUCCCAUCAACGGUGCUUGCUUCCCCGACUACCUCGGCGUCCAGGUCUCACGCUCCGUUGCCACCAUGGCCACCCGCGUCUCCGCCUCGUCUGCCUCCGCCGCCAGCACCGCCAGCGCUUCGGUCAUUGCCAUUUCUUCGAUGAGCGCUGCCUCCAUCGAGUCGAUCAAGCAGUACGCGGCCAGCACGGCAUCUGCCUCGUUCGCCACCAUUGCCUCCGCCACCGCCGCUUCUGCGACGAGCGUCUCCGACUCUGUCUCAUCAAAGCUCGCCGUGGCCACGGCAUCUGUCGCGUCCAUCACUUCUGCCGCCUCCGCCUCCGCCGAUGCCGCGUCUUCCGCGCGGGUUGCCGCCUCCGAGUCUGCGUUUGUUGCCUCCACCUCUGCCGCGUUUGCUUCGUCUGUCGACCAGGUCGUGUCUGCUUCUUCGGCUUCAAUGGCGUCGUCGGCCUCGGUUGUGCAAGCCUCUCUUGAUGCCAUCGAGUCUUCGACUUCUGCUAUUGCCGCAUCCUCUGCUGCCGUCAUUUCUGCGUCCUUGGCUGCCCUUGUUGCAUGCAAUGGCUGGACUAGCAGUCUGUGCAACUGCAACCACGGAAGCUUCGUGGUCGACUGCAGCAACCGCGGUCUGAUUCGCGUUCCGAAUGGCAUCCCUACCGAUGUGAGCGUGCUCGUCCUCAACCAGAACUCGAUUAGCGCCAUCCCUGACGAUGCCUUUGUGCCCUUCACGCUGUUGUCCGACCUGCAGCUUGUGAACAACGAGCUGGAUGCCGUUCCCAGCUCUAGCUUCGGAGGCUCCCUCGUUUCGCUUCAGUCCCUUGACUUGUCUGGCAACCACAUUGAGCAAGUUGAUGGUGCAUCCUUCACCGCCGUGCCAAGCCUCAAGUCUGUGUACCUUGCUCGCAAUCCUCUGACUGCCAUCUCCGCUGACGCCAUUUCCGGCUUGAUCACGUUGACAACGUUCUCGCUCGCCAGCACGCAGCUCACCACGCUGCCCGAAGGUCUGUUUUUCGGUCUGACCCAACUGCAAUCGGUGGAAACAGACAACAUUGUCUGGUCCGAGUACCCGCCGCCGAGCAUGUACGAAUCGAGCGGAGUCCUGACGUUCUGCAACCCGACCUGCCGCACCUGCAACACCAACAAUGUUUGCUGCCCUGAAGGCUGCCGCGCCUGCGGCCCUGACCAAUCAGUCUGCACUGCCUGCUCCAACACGUACACUCUGCUUGGCUCCAUUUGCGUUUCGGCUCAAGGCAUGUCCACCAUUGCCGCCUCGUCCGCGUCCAUUUCUGCCUCCGCUGCCUCCGUCUCGAUUGUUGAUGCUUCUGUGAAAUCAGUGUCGUCCGCCUCGGCAGCUUCUGUCGCCUCUGUCGCCACCGAAGUGUUCUCAUCCUCUGUGUCUGCUGCGUCCGCCUCUUCUGCCGCUGCAGUCCAGGCCUCGCUCGCUGCCGUAUCUGCUGCCUCCGUCGCCGCAGCGCUUGCUUCCGCCGCCAGCUUGGCCUCCGAGGCCUCUGCUUCGUCUGCAACCGUGGCCUCGAUUGCCUCUGCCUCAUCGGCGUCGGUCGCAGCCUCCAUCGCUUCGGUUGCUUCUGCUUCCUCCGCGUCCGUCGCUUCCAUUGCCUCUGCCUCGUCCGAGUAUGAGGCCUCGACAAUGUCUGUCUUUGCAGCAUCGGUUGCCGCCGUUGCGUCUGCCGCGUCUGCUUCCUCCGCAUCUGCCGCGUCUGCCGCUUCUGCGUCAACGGCAUCUGUUGCGUCUGCAGCGUCUGCUUCUUCGGCAUCUGCAGCGUCUAUCGCGUCUGCUUCCACGGCAUCGGUUGCGUCCGCCGCGUCUGCCUCCUCGGCAUCGAUCGCAUCAGCUUCGUCUGCCUCGGCUGCUUCUAUUGCGUCCGCUUCGUCUGCCUCCGCCGCGUCUCUGGCUUCCAUGGAAGCUGCAUCUGCCGCAUCUGCUCAUGCGACUCAAGCUGCCUCGGCAUCCUCGGAGGCCUUUGCAUCUGCCACUUCGCGUGCCUCCCAGUCUGUCAUUUCUGCCUCGUCAGCCUCAGCCGUUGCCGCCUCCAUCGCUGCUCUUGGCAACAAGGACAAGGACGACGGUGGUUCCAACGGCGGUGCCAUUGCUGGCGGUAUCAUUGGCGCCCUUCUCGGCCUCAUCCUUAUCAUUGUUGUGAUUUACUUUGUUCGGGACCAUCGUCGCCACCAGAACGAGCAACAACAGGCUGGCGGCAAGACCAUCCCCCCGACCAAGGGCUCGUCCUCUUCCGUGCAAGACAUUCCCAUGACACCCAUGACCUCCAAUGCGGCCGCCGCUGGUGGAGCAUCCGGCUCGUCGUCGUCGUCGGCGGCUUCGGGCUCGCGUCCUCGGCUGAGCUCCAGCUUCAACAUGACCGACUAUCCUCGCGUUGUUCGCUCUGUUGCCAAGCCGGCUCAGCCCACGGCACCAGCAGGCCCCGCACCCGUCACACCAACUGUUCCCAAGGGCGCUGAGCCUGCCGCCGCUGCCACACCAGCACCGGCACCAGCAUCUGCGACACCUGCAGCAGAGCCCAAGAGCGCAGAGCCCAAGAGCGCAGAGGAAGCACCAAAAAAGACAGUCGAGCCGGCCCACGCUGUGGUUUCAAUGCCCGAAUUGCACGACGAUGAGGAUGCUUCGUUUGUGUAA